AUGCGUGGUCGUUUGUUCAAUAAUAUAAUAUUAAUUGGUGGUAAUUCCCUCUUUGCUGGUUAUCAGCGACGGCUUAGCUUGGAAUUGCGUUCUCACGUUGAUGAUAUAUAUAACAUAGGUUUUCGUGAUGUGCCUAAUCCAAUAACUCAUGCUUGGCAGUGUGGACGAGAUGCAUUCUGUGCUAAUGUUUCAAAAGAUAGAUUCGUAACUAAAGAGGAAUAUAAUGAAUAUGGCAUAGAUAUUUGUAUUAAACGGUAUUUUAAAUUUUUUGAAGAUUGA